GAAAAUUGACAGAUUGACACUGACAUUCUGACAUUGAAUGAAUUUAAUGAAAGCAUUUGUGAUUUUUAAUUUUAUAUAAGAAAACUUUUCAUUUUAUAACGAUAAGUUCAUUUUAAACUAUGGUAUCAACAAAGUCUGUUUUACCCGACAAAUAUUCUGCGGGGCCUCAUGGACUAGGUGAUCCUGAAGACAGAUCAUUAAGAAAAGUGGAAACAGAAGUAUUAAUACCGAAACUUAUGAGGGAAAAAGCCAAAGCAGAAAAAUGUGUUAAGGAAGUAACAGAUUUUAAUCAAUGUUGUAAAGAAUCAUCAUUACUGAUGGUUAUUAAGUGUAGAGAUGAAAAUUCAGUUAUGAAAUCUUGUUUAGCGAGCUGGUACAACAAUGAGGACUUUAGACAAGCUUGUACAGAAGAAUACUUAAAUCAAAGAAGCGAAUACAGAAGAACAGGAGUUAAGAAAGCAAUGAAAAGAAUAUAGAUGAAACUCUCAAGUAUUUGUAAAAAUCAAAUUUAGCAUUGUACAGUAGAAUAUAUUAAAUUUAAUUGAAAAACC